UACGCGGUGCGCAGACCGUUUUGCGUUUUUCGUCUCAAGCAGACGCUGUGAGCAGACGAUAUAGUGCGAUCCGUAGUCUCAAUUAAUCCUGAAAACUUGUGCAAAGUACCGAGGAAUUCAGAAUUUGCGUAAAAUAUGGCUGGGCUUUUGAAAAAGUCAACAAAUUUAGCCAGGGUGCCCGUUGCCCCGAAUCCACAUCAUACUUUGGGAGUGUUGUACAGUAAAAUUCUUAGAGCCGUCGAUAAAAUGCCCAAGGAUUAUCCCUACAGAAUCAAUACGGAGAAAAUUGUUAAGGAACGAGCUGCUCAUGUGAAAAAUAAUCUAAAAGUGCCAGACCUUGAAAAAGCCAUAAACUGUGGCCAAGCUGAAGAAUUAAUCCUACAAGCUGAAAACGAAUUACACUUGGCGAGAAAGUUCUUAGGUUGGAAGCCAUGGGAACCGUUGAUCCAAGAAGCACCUGCUAACCAAUGGACUUGGCCACCGCACAAAUAAUAUGUGAAUCGAUUACGCAUAUUUAAAAUGUUUAUAAUCAUUGCAUACGCAAAGUAGACAAUAUUAAUUGUAUAUACGUCUGUCUCCGAUUAUAAAAUAGCAGUUUUGGAAGAAA